UAGAUUAAUAUCUCACACAAGCUUAGAGGGAAAUUUACUGUACCAAAGCUAAAAAAUCAAGCCUGAGAGUGGAUGGCCAUUGCCCACCAUUAAUGACCUUAACGUGACUGAAGUUUCCGCUCCCGACGAACUUGCUUGCGAAGAAGAAGAAUAUCUAUCGGUCCCUAAUUCGCGAGUUUUGAAAGAUGAGAUGAGUUUCUACUUGAAACGCCAAUUAAUGGUUUUUAGUCAUCGAGUUUUGCUGAUAGGUUGCUCUGAUUGGUUGUGCUGAGUAAUUGUGCAAAGACAUUGUUCAGAAUCAAGAGAAACCCUCAAUUCUUGUUCAUUGAUUAGCUUGUUUUUGGCUUAUAAUGGGGCUACUCAGCAUCAUCCGAAAAAUCAAGAGAAAAGAGAAGGAAAUGCGUAUACUGAUGGUGGGCCUCGAUAAUUCUGGAAAGACGACAAUUGUUUUGAAGCUAAAUGGGGAAGAUACUAGCGUCAUCAGUCCUACUCUUGGUUUUAAUAUCAAAACACUCACUUACCAAAAGUAUACUUUAAAUAUAUGGGAUGUUGGGGGCCAAAGAACUAUAAGAUCAUAUUGGAGAAACUACUUUGAGCAAACUGAUGGCUUAGUAUGGGUAGUUGACAGCUCGGAUCUUAGAAGGUUAGAUGAUUGCAAAAUGGAACUUGAUAAUCUUUUGAAGGAAGAGAGGCUGUCUGGAGCAUCUUUGCUAAUACUAGCAAAUAAGCAAGACCUAAAAGGUGCGCUUAAACCAGAUGAAAUUGCCAAGGUAUUAAACCUGGAGAAUAUGGAUAAAACCCGGCACUGGGAAAUUGUAGGCUGUAGUGCGUACACAGGGGAGGGGCUGCUUGAGGGGUUUGAUUGGUUGAUUCAGGACAUUGCCUCCCGAAUCUAUAUGCUGGAUUAAUUCUCUCAAUCAUUAUUUCAGAGAGAAAUUUUAAUUGGACUUGAUGGUAACUGGACUUUUCUCCCUGAUUGCCAUUCAUACUUUAUCUAUGUCUGUGCUUGUAUGAAUUCAUAUAGUCUCCACCAUUAGGGAAACGAAUUUAGCUUUAGUUUUAGUGCUCAUAUAUAAAUGUGAAUUACAGUUUUGAUAAUCAUUCUUAUUUCAAGUCUGCUUCUAUGUGAUCUAAA